AUGUAUAGUGUUCCUGUUUCUAAUAAUUUUUGUGCAAAGUGCGAUAUAAAACUCGAUAAGCGUUUUGUUGAUGUCCAGAAACAUGUUACAAUCCAACACAAUUUUGAAUGUAAAUAUUGUAAUAAAUCGUUUAUAACUGUGGAAGGAAUAGAGUCUCACGAUAACAAAGUACAUUUUGUAAGAGUCAAGUGUGAACAUUGUACUACAUCUUACAGAUCAGAAGAGCAACUUCAGCUGCAUAUUAAAGCAAAACAUUGCCUUGAAUGCUCAUUCUGUGAUAAAUCUUUUAUAUCCAUUGAUGAUCUAAAGUUUCACGAUAAAUACGUGCAUCUAACAGUGGAAUGUCAACAUUGCGGUAUUUUCUUCAGGUCAGACAAAGAGUUAGAUAAGCAUCUUAAAGCCAAACAUCACAUUGAAUGCUCAUUUUGUGACAAAUCUUUUACAUCAAUUAAGCAGGCAAAUGCUCACGUUAGAUACGUACAUUCAGUGCAGUGUGAACAUUGCGAUAGUUAUUUCAGGUCAGAUAAAGAAUUAGAUCAGCAUAUUAACCUCAAACAUUGUUUUUAUUGCCCGGAUUGUGAAAAAUCGUUUAAAUCCAUUGAAGUCAGAAAUUUUCACUAUAAAAAUGUACAUCUGACGAUUGAAUGUCCAUAUUGCGAUAUAUUAUUCGGAAAAGAGCAGAAUCUACUGGAGCAUAUUGAAGACCAACAUAAAUUUGCGUGUGGAAGGUGUAAACAACCACUUAAAUCUUUAGAAGAGAAAAAUUUUCACCAAGGAUGUAUAUAUGUAACAUUUGAUUGCCAUGAUUGUACUUUGUAUUUUCCAACACAUAAAGAGCUAGAGAAGCAUUCCAAGGAACAUAAUUUAAAGAGACAAUAG